AUGAAUAAUAACUUUGACAUUGGUUCUAAUGGUGCUACGGAAAAUGAAAUAACAACAGGGAUUACAAGUAAUGAUAAUGAAACGGUGCAAUGUAACUUAGUGAUGGAUAGUAACGUUAACAACUGUAAAAAAAAUGCGUAUGAUAGAGAAGUACUACCUGAAAAUACAAUCUAUGGAGAUGGUGCAGUACGACGUAAUAUAAUGAUAGACAGUAGCGUUGGAAACGGCCAAAACAGUUCAAGUUACAAUGAAAUAACACCAGGAAAUACAAGCAAUAAUUAUGAUGCAGUGCAAAGUAACAUAGAGAUGGACGGUAAUGUUGUAGACGGACAAAAUAGAGCAUGUUGCAAUGAAAUAACACCAGGAAAUACAAGCAAUAAUGAUGAUGCAGUUCAAAGCAACGUAGAGAUGGACAGUAAUGUUGAAGACGGUCAGGAUAGUGCAUGUUACAACAAAAUAACACCAGGAAAUACAGGCAAUAAUGAUGACGCUGUGCAAUGUAACAUAGUGAUGGGCAGUAACCUUGAAGACGGUCAAAAUAGUAAAUGUUAUAAUGAAAUAACACCAGGAAAUACAAGCAAUAAUGAUGAUGCGGUGCAAUAUAACAUAGUGAUGGACACUAAUGUUGAGGAUGGUAAGAAGAGUGUAUGUUACAAUGAAGUAACACCAGGAAAUACAAACAUCAAUGAUAAUGCAGUGCAAAAUAACAUAGUGACUGACACUAAUGUUGAAGACGAUCAAAGUGUAUGUUACAAUGCAUUGACACCAGGAAAUACAAGUAAUAAUGAUGACGCAGUGCAAAAUAACAUAGUGACUGACACUAAUGUUGAAGACGAUCAAAGUGUAUGUUACAAUGCAUUGACACCAGGAAAUACAAGUAAUAAUGAUGACGCAGUGCACUGUAACUUAGUGAUGGACAAUAUCAUUGAAGACGGCCAAAAUAGUGCAUGCUACAAUGAAAUAACACCAGAAAAUAUAAGCAAUAAUGAUGAUGCAGUGCAAUGUAAUACAAUGAUGGACAGUAACACUGAAUACUUUCAAAAUAACACAUGUGACAAUGGAAUUAUACCAGGAAAUUCAAACAUUAAUCAGGAAAAGAAGGUAGUGGGUGACAGUAAUGUUAAUGAAGGUCAAAGUAUUGUCUGUGGCACUGAUUUUGCACCUGCAAAUACCAGUAAUAAAUGCAAUACUGUUCAUGGUAACAUAUUGAUUGACAAUGAUAUAAAUGGAAGUCAGAAUGUUACAUGUUAUAGUGAAAUGACAAAAGAAAAAAUCAGUGAACAAAAUAACGACAGUAUGAAAAGUACAAGAAAAUAUCGACGAAAAAAGAGGCAAACAAGAAAGAAACUGAAAUACGUAUCUUCUAGUACAGGCGACAAUAUUCCUCUUAGUGUCUAUGCACAGAAACAAGCAGAAAUGUGUGAUACCAGUGAUAACGAUGAAACAUACGUUCCUGUAUCAAAAGACAUAAACUCUACAGACACGGAGUUCUACUCUGAUGUAUCUGAUAAAACUCGAAAAAACAUUGAUUUCAUGCAAACUGUCAAGGAAUCAUUUACACAAGCAAAGAAACGAAAAAAUACAUUAAAGCAGAAACAUUCUACAAGAAAACAAAGGAAACAACAGUCGGAAGAUGUGGCUGCCUAA